AUAAUAAAAAAUAAAACAAAAAACAUCAACGCACAUUUAUUCAUUUUCCACCGUCUUUCAAAUCUUUUUGAAUUCAUUUUCCUUAAUUAAAUAAAGAGCUGAGAAGCGAGCAUUUUCCCACAUAAAGUUGAAAUACAUGACAGUGAUAGUGAACAAAGAAAAAUUUAAAAUAACUGCAAUAGAUAAGUUUCUAAUGCCCUUGAAUUAGAAUAUUUAUCAAUACAAUUUUAUGCAGAGAAGCAAAGUGAAGUGGAAUUUCUUGGAAAUGCUGAAAAUAUUCAAAUUUAUUUGAUACAUCUAUGGGUAAAAUGUGAGUUUCUAAAAGUUUGAAUGGAAAUUAUAAAUGUAUAUAUUUGUAUACGUUAGAAUGGGAAAGUAUAUUUGCUCGCAUGUGAGAUGCGAGUGUCUUGUCAGCUGUGAACAGUGGUGCGUGGCGUCAACAGAAAUUUCAAUAUGGCGACUCCCAGAGCAACACACAAUUUAGACGCGUCCGAGGUUCCAGAUAAAAUUCUCUUAUUUAGUGGUAAAAGGAAGUCCGGCAAAGACUUUAUCACUGAUAUAUUACACGAUAGAAUUGGGUCUGAUAGGAGCGUCGUUAUAAAAAUAUCAGGUCCAAUUAAAAGUCAUUGGGCGGAAGCUUUGAAUCUUGAUUUAGAUGGUUUGUUGAGUGAUGGACAGUACAAAGAAAAAUAUCGAAUGGAAAUGGCGAAAUGGGGCGAGGAAAUGAGGAAGAAAGAUCCCGGCUGUUUUUGUCGUGCUGCCAUCGACAUGUAUAACGCAAAAGACAAAAAGUAUUGGAUCGUUAGUGAUGUGCGCAGAAAAACUGACGUCAAAUGGUUCCAAGAAAAUUAUGGAACAAAGUGUAAAACUAUUAGAAUUUCGAGCAAUCAAAGAACCAGAGAAAAACGGGGAUGGUCUUUUACCGAAGGUAUAGACGAUGCAGAAACCGAAUGCGAUCUCGAUGACCUUCAUCAUUGGGACUUGAUGAUUAACAAUGACUGUGACAGCAAUAUUGAUAGUAUUUUGGACUCGAUAAUGCAAUUGGUCAAUUGAUCAAGUAUUACGACAAAAGAAUUGAUCUUUCAUAAAAUUCAAUAUGUUAAAUAGACACAAGUUUUUCUAUUAAUCUUGGGUAUUAUUAAUUACAAGUCUAUUAUUUCUGGUGACGGGUGUGGGUGGAACAAGUUGACUUUCAUUGGAUAACCAAUUUGGAGAACCAAUCCAAAUUGACUAAAUACAUGUCAAUUGAUGGAACAAUUUUAAUAAAAACUGGAAGAUGAUACCAA